AUACCAGGGGCAAUGGACAGGAGGGAUGCGACACGGCUAUGGUGUACGUCAGAGUGUACCCUAUGGCAUGGCAACUGUGAUCCGUUCACCCCUCCGAACGUCUCUGGCUUCACUUCGAAGUGAGCAGAGCAACGGCACUGUUCUCCAUGAUGUCACUUCAGACAGUCCGGCUGGAACAAGAGGAGGUUUUGUGCUCAAUUUUCACAGCGAUGCAGAAGCCGUGGGCAUUAAGAAAAAGGGAGGCUUAUUCAGGAGAGGAUCUCUUCUUGGUAGUAUAAAACUUAGAAAAUCUGAAUCUAGGUCAUCGAUAUCUAGCAAACGGAGCUCUGUCAGGAGCGAUGCUGCUAUGAGCAGAAUUAGUUCUAGCGAUGCCAACUCUACAAUUAGUUUUGGAGAUGGUGACUGUGAUUAUUGCCCUGUGGAAGACCACGUUGAUGCCACCACUACAGAAGCCUAUAUGGGUGAAUGGAAGAACGACAAGCGCAGUGGUUUUGGUAUUAGUGAGCGUUCAAAUGGUAUGAAAUACGAAGGAGAAUGGUUAAAUAACCGGAGGCAUGGAUAUGGAUGUACCAUGUUUCCAGAUGGCACCAAGGAAGAGGGAAAAUACAAAAAUAAUAUUUUGGUCCGUGGAAUAAGAAAGCAACUUAUACCAAUACGAAACACAAAAACUAGAGAAAAGGUGGAUAGAGCAAUAGAAGGUGCACAACGAGCAGCUGCCAUGGCAAGAACCAAAGUGGAAAUUGCAUCGUCAAG